AUGGCGCCGUCCAAGCUUGCGACUGUCGGUAUCCUCUCCCUUGGCGACAUGGGAUCCGGGAUUGCCAAGCUGCUCGUGGCCAAGGGUUUCUCGGUCGCGACCAACGGGUCGGGCCGCAGCAAGGAGACGCUGCAGAGGGCGCAGGCCGCCGGCGUCAUGAACCUGCCGACCGACACGGACCUCGUCAAGCAGUGCGACGUGAUCUUAUCUGUAGUGCCGCCGCGCGACGCUGAGGAUACGGCGCAGCGGAUCAUCGACGCCUUGCAGUUCAUCACCAAGAAGCAGCUGUACUUUGCGGACAUGAACGCGGUGGCCCCCAGCACCAUCAAGGCCAUGUCCAAGAGCAUUCAAAGGGCACAAGUACCCAUCACCCUCAUCGACGGCUCGAUCAUAGGAGGGCCGCCUAAGCCUAAGGAGGCGGGCACCGCAGCAGCAGCAGCAGCUCCUGGUACCGGCGCGUCAGCCGGUGGUGACUGGGACAUGCCAUUGAUGCCGACGUCAGGCCCGGUGCAGAUAGCAGAUAUCCCAGGCUACGGAGCCACGCUGGCCGAAACUCUGAACGUGAAACACAUAUCGCCCGACAUAGGCGCCAGCUCCGGGCUCAAGAUGUGCUACGCGUCGUUGUCCAAGGGCUACGCCGCGAUAGCCAUACAGUCCUUCACCACGGCCCAGAGGAUGGGCGUUCUGGAGCCUCUGCGCGAGGCGCUGCAGGACACCGUGCCCGGGCGGGUGAAACAGACGGAGAACGCGCUGACUGGUAUGCCGCCCAAGGCCUACAGGUGGGUGAGAGAGAUGGAGGAGAUUGCAAAGACACAUGCUGAGGAGGGUGGUUUUGAGGACUUCCUCUUCAAGGGGGCAGCUGGGGUCUUCAAGGCUGUCGCCCAGGACACGGUCCUGGGACAGGAGAAGGUUGGGGAUAGGAAGAGGGGGCGGACAGCCGAGGACGUGGCUGCUGCGAUGGCGGAGGGCAUGGAGAAGAGGAGGAAGAAAAUUGACUGA